GUCAAAUUCGAAUUACAACGAAUAUCCAACGAAUCUAGACACAAGUGGAACAAGUCUGGUCUUUCAGACAGAACUAACAAAGCAGUUUCCCUAACAAAAAAAAAAAGUCAAAAUAAAAACCCUAAAGACAACAAAUUUUAAUUUCAUUUCUCUUUUUCCCAACGUCGGAGAGAGAGACCACCAGCUACAUCACACAUUUCUCUCCUCUCUCUCCCCAUCGAAACCCUAAUCUCUCUCUCUCUCUCUCCUUCCUUCCCAUGGCGGCGAACGACAACAGAUCCGACCAACAACCAUCAGACGAAAACACACGUCUCUACAACCCUUACCAAAACUUCCAAGUCCCAAUAAAAUCCCAAUACCUCUACAAACUCCCCACCUCCCCUGAAUACCUCUUCACAGAAGAGUCCCUCAAGCAACGCCGCACAUGGGGAGAGAACCUCACCUUCUACACCGGAACCGCUUACCUCGGCGGCUCAGUCACCGGCGCCACCGUCGGGAUCUUCACCGGAGUCAAGAACUUCGAAUCCGGCGACACGACAAAGCUCAAGAUCAACAGGAUCUUGAACUCGUCUGGCCACACGGGGAGGACUUGGGGUAAUAGGGUUGGGAUCGUUGGGCUGAUGUAUGCGGGGAUCGAGAGUGGUGUUGUGGCUGCGUUGGAUAGGGAUGAUGUUUGGACUAGUGUGGUGGCUGGUCUUGCGACUGGUGCGGUUUUUAGGGCGGCGCGUGGGGUGAGAUCUGCGGCGGUUGCUGGGGCUCUUGGUGGUUUGGCUGCUGGGGUUGUUGUUGCUGGGAAGCAGGUUGUGAAGCGGUAUGUGCCUAUAUGAUGGAGAAAGAUUCUGUCUUGUUUGUUUUUUUUUUGGAAUUUUUUUUUUUGAUAGGUUUUGAUUAGGUUUUGGUAUGUCUUUUGGAAUUAUAAAAGAUGAAAAACUUUUUUUCAUUUGGGUUUCUAAUGGUGUAUGAGUGAGUCUCUGUAUGAAUAAAUCUGCAAAACUUUUUUUGUUUUGUUUUAUAUACUGAUGAAAUGGUUAUUCAUUUUGACAUGAGUGUGUUAGUGCUUCUUGGUUGUAGUUUCUGAUAAAUUAGUGUUAUUUGCUACAUUUUUGUGCUAUUGUUUGAUUGAAAUUAAACAUUUUUUUUCUAGUAUUUCUUAUCAGUUUGUUGCUCUUAGAGUAUGCCUUUACUUAUCCUGGUCCAUGUUGUUUCCUAUGGUUAACUUUCUUGUUAAUGCAAUUGCAAUGUGAGAACUAGUAUGAAUGAUACUUGAUUCUCAAAUAUUGUGUAGUUAUAUGUUCCACUGGUUGUUUUUCACUGGAACCAGUCACAAACUCUGUUUCUUUUUGGGUUCUUUAUUGUGUAGUUAUGUUUUU